UGGUUUAGACAGACCCAGCAAACACUUUCACUCACUCUAUUUGGGUUCUGUUGCAGAUUCACUUCCAUAAAGUCUACACCAAUUGAUAAAACGACAUGGGCUUUUCCAUCUCCAGCAUUUCUCAAAACCCCUGGCAAGGGUGUGGUGGAGUGUAACAACAGACUGAACUGAUCGAGUCCGUGAAAAGAAAACAUUUAUGAUGGAAAACAACUCAAGUCAAGAAGUAGAUGAAAAUCCUUAUCUCUGUUUCCAGAGAACGCCUUCUCUGCGCCGUAAAUGGAGAAAACGCUAUGGAGGCUUGGAUGGCAACAAAUUGCUGGAGCCGAAUAAGGAGGAGGACCUGAGAGAGAAUGGUGUAAUGACAGACGGCCUCCUGGAGAAGAACACAGCCCCUGUGAAGAGUGCAGAAGCUCAGGAGACCAGUCUGUCAGGGUACAUUCCACAUCCUGUGCCAAGAAAUGCCAUGCCGUCUCAGAGGCCUCACAGCUUUGUGGCUCCAAGCUCAACAGGCUUACCAGCUUUUAUCAGCAACGGAGGUACAAAAGCCUCCAUCCCCCAAGCAGAGCAGGAGAGGGCCAUGUCCACCCAGCCCUGGCCCAGCGUCAGCAGGACGGACGCCCAGCACAGCCAGUCAAAGAGAAAAGUGGCUGCUGACGUGUUGUUCGAUAGCUUCGCCUCUGGAGGAAGAGUCAGCAUCAAUCUUUUCUUUGAGACCCUGUGGAGCUCUGGCGUUUUACGCACUGACCAGCGGAUUAAAGACUGUUAUGCACUGAUGAGGAAACUGCAGGAUGCUGAUGGGGCAGUGGACAGGAACACCUUCCAAAGGUGUGUAACAGGCUUCGUGUCUUUCAUCUUGAAGGCCGUGCAAGGCAGAUUUGUCAUUCCAGAUUUCUCCAUGUUCACUGAGGAGACCCAAAAGUUGUUCAUUAAAUGUAAACAGCUGUCUUCUGUCAAGGAGAGAGAAGAGGGAAAUGAGGGCAGUGGAAAGUGGGGGGUUUCUGUCUGCACCGUGGAUGGCCAGAGGCUCUCUCUCGGGGACUGGGCAGAGCCGUGUGUUCUAGGAGAGAUCUCUUGGCCUCUGGUUUACGGGCUUGCAGUGGAUCAGCUUGGGGUUGACUAUGUACACAGAUAUGUAGGAGUGGAAGAAUAUGCUAAAUAUGAGUCUCCCUUUACUCUUAGCAAGCAAGGUGUCCCUCACAGUCCGCUGACUGAGACGGGAGCUAUCAUCAGUGCAUCACUGCUGCAGCAGUUAACAGUGAAGCCAGUUACAGAGGAAGAGGAGAAGUAUGAGUCGGCUCUCAAUAUCAUAAGGAGACUGUGUAACAAGGAACACGCCAAUUUAAACUGUACAAGUUACCAAGGCUUGAGGAAGGACAUCAUUCGUCUACAUGCGCUCUCAUUUUAUCUUCAAGAGAAGAAGUGCUUUCCAGACAGUGUUGACGUAAAUGCCACACUGGAUCUGCUGUUACAGUGUCUAUCUACAGAAGUCACAUGUGAGUCUGGAGCGGCGUUGGCUGCUACAUUAGCCAAUGGUGGCCUUUGCCCCAUGUCAGGUGACCAGGUCCUCUCGCCCGCUGCAGUUCGGAGCGCUCUAUCCAUGAUGCAGGUGGCAGGGAUGAACAAUUAUUCCAGAAUAUUCCAUUUUAAGACAUCUGUGCCUGCCAAAUCCAGCAGCUCUGGUGUGGUGCUGAUAGUAGUCCCUGGAGUGCUUGGCCUCAUGUGCUGGUCACCAGAGUUGGACGCACAUGGAAAUUCUUGGAGAGGAGUGCAUUUCUGUGAGGAGCUAGUGUCUGCCUUCCAGCUGCACAGUUUUGACAUCCGGACUCCUUUCAGACAGGUGCUGUCCUAUAGGCAGUGGAAAGUGGAGUCUGAGGGUUAUCAAAUCAUGAACGUCCUCUUAGCUGCUUACCGAGGGGACCUGCACUCCUUAAGGAGGUACUUCCUCUCUGGAGCAGAUGUGAAUGCCGUGGAUUAUGACGGAAGGUGUGCACUUCAUGUGGCUGCCUCAGAAGGGCACUUGGAGGUCAUCAAGUUUCUGAUGGAGAACACAGGAGCCAAUUGCACACUAAAGGACAGGUGGGGCAACACACCAUUGCAGGAGGCUAUGAGAUGCAAUCAAGGUCCUGCCACACAGCUUCUGAAGAAGUACACAGACUAUGAAGAGAGUUUAUGACAGAGCAGGGAACAAUAACCAGUCUGUGCCAAAGUGCGGUUUGGAACACUAACACCAGUUUGAGACAUCCAUCUCGUUUCUUCUCCAGUUUCUGACUGGAGCUUUAAAGGCCAGUCAUUUACACACGUCAGACUUGUUGCUAUGUAUGUAUACAAUGAAUAAAAGUGUGUGUGGUGUGGUGAGCCUACUUUUUAUAGAAGAUGAAUAGUACUGCAGCAAGGACGUCCACUGGUAUCUCACUGUUUUUUUGUUUUUUUUUUAUGAACAAGAAUGGUCUAUGAGAACUUUGCUGUUUGUUCAAUAAAUGCUAACCUGUA